UCGCUUAUCCAAGCUUCUGCCGGCCCGUUUAGCUUGGAUAAGUGAGACUCUACUGUAUAUAUGUUUAUAUUGUAAGCUGCCCUGAGUCCCCUGAUGGGUGAGAAGGGCGGGGUAGAAGUGAUAUAAUAAAUUAAUAAAUAAAUAAGUUGUAUCCUAACACAGAAUUGAACUAGUCUGGCUUCUGAUGCAAUAUAGUGAACAAAGGAGAAAGAUCACCGAGGGUACGUCUAUACUGUAAAAUUAAUGCAGUUUGACACCACUUUAGUUUCAGUGGAUCAAUUCUAUAGGAUUAUGGUAGUGUCAGUUUUACAAAGCCUUUACUGUGAAGAGUACAAAACUACAGCUCCUGGGAUGCCAUAGAAUUCAGCCAGGGCAGUCCAAUGGUGUCAAACUGUCUUGAAACUACAAUUGAACAGUCUAAUCCUGGCACCAGCGUUUUCAGCAGGAACUUCAACCUGAGCAGAGUUGCCGCCACCUUUAACACUGCAUCUGGUGAUUGUAAUAAGCGGAGGCUACUAACCAGCCUGCUGCAAUUUCAUCUGCAAGCAAGGGCUUCUUUCUGCCUUCAGGUUGGUGUUCAGAGGAGGAUGAAGACUGAAUAGCUUUCUCAGCUGCAGAAACCUAAAAAGCACCAUGUCGAAGACAGAGAAUACAUUUAUUGUAAACAUCCUUGAAGAAUUGGAUAAAGACAGCAUGGAGAAAUUCUUAAAUUUCCUGAAUGUCACUGGGAUAGAUAGAAAUACCAUUCCCAAAGCAAAACUUGAAGGUGCUAGUGUAAUGAAAGUGGUUGAAUUGCUUGUAAGUUAUUAUCACCCGCGACAUUUGGAGGUUCUUCGAAAAGCAUUGCUUGAUGUUCCCGAAAAUCAACUUGCUGACAAAGUAUCUACUGCAAUAGAUUCUGCAAAGAAGAAACGUGAAAAUCAAACUGAAGAGAUAGAUGACAUCCCAACAAAGAAGGCAAAAUACAGUGGAGUGCCAAAAUAUAAGGGUGAAUACAGACUUUCUGAUAUGGAGAAGUAUGCUACAGAGAAUCAGGAUCUAUUGAUAGAGAUACUAGAAAAAUAUAUGGAACCCAGUGCAUUUAAAGCACUGAAAGAAGAACUGGCCAUGAGAAAACUGAAGAGUGUGUUUUCAUUUAAAGCUGCACAUUUUCACAGUCUUAUCACAAACCAAAAGCUAAAAAAAUUUUUGAGUAAAGAUGGGGAAAAUCCAUCACCUAAGAUGCUCUCCAAAAUCCUUGAUUCAUUGUUCUUCCCUUGUCAAAGUAAUAAAAAAAACACAGCAUUGAAUCAGCCAAGAGAGAAGAGGCCAAUCACUUCUAGUCCUGAUUCAACAGGUGAACAGAAACUAGGCAAUGAAAGGGAAAAAUUGGCAACUGAUAAAGUAAAAGGGAAUGCACAAAUAUCCAAUAAAGGCAUCUUCAUCAAGAAUGAUAAUUUUUAUGCUGCUGAGCAGGAACCAGAAGUAAAAACAAAGGAAUCACAACUUAAAGAUGAGAAAAAUGAGGGAGAAGGAGAUGAAAGGAAAGAAUUCCCAGAAAAUAAGCAGAAAGGGGAUCCCCAAAUCUCCAAGGAGAACACCUUCAAUGAGGAACCUGAUGUUGAUUGUAAUGGAGAAGGAGAUGAAAAGAAAGAGGAACAAAGGAAUUUCAUGAAGAUGGAACCUGUAGAAGAAAGUAAAAAAGACACAAUUGGAUACAAUAAAAGAACAAAGAAAGAGGUACCGGAAAAUGAACCCUAUGAGAAUUUAACAAGGGCCAUUAGGAAACAUUAUGAAGGAAAAAAAGUACUGUAUCAAAUAUGGGAUAAUAUUGAGCACAAAAUUUAUAAAUGCUUUAUAGCCCAAGAUGUGAUACUAUUUAAGUUGGAAGAGGAAACAGACUACCGUAUAUUGCGAAAUCUGCAAGAUGCCAAAGAUCUUAAUAAGAAUGGUUUGCCGAAAAACAAUGUGGAAUUUGAAUUGCAGUUUAACAUGGCUGUUUUAGGUGUUCAAUAUUCUGAAUGCAUAUCUAUAAACAAUCUAAAGAGAGUGAAGGCUAAUUCUUUCAGAAAACAUGAAGAGGAUUUUGAAAAUAUUGUGUCAGAAAUUGUAUUGCCUGUUCUAGCUCUUUAUAAGAGAGUGAAGCUCAAUACGUACUUUGCAGAGUCUUUGGAGCAGAAGAGCAAAUGACAACCCAACCCACUCAAUUCCAUAUAUAUAUCACUUAAGGUCAACCCAAUAAUUUGAAAUAAAAAAUCCCAUGAAUGGUUUUCCCUUCUCAGAUAAGAAAUCAUAUAAUAAUGAGAAUUAAGUUGUACCACUGCUGCUUAAAUUGCGAGACUCGAUCCCAAAUGGGGUUCCCUGAGCUCAACAUUGGGGUUCAGUUUUUUCCCCUGAACAUUACUUAGCCUUUGUUUUAGAAUGUACAUGAAUCUGUUGUGCAGUGUAUACACUCUGCAGAAGAUACUUCAUCUGUUCAGGCAGUUCCCAAGUUACAGACAUCCGACUUAUAUUCAACUCCUAGCUACAUACAACAGGAAGUAUGAGGAAAUCUUCCCAUAGGAAGGGAAAUUCACUUCUGAAAGUUUUCAUGGGGAAAAGGUGUCUCCACUGAAGCUUUCUUACCAACCCUUGUUUCCACAGCAAGCGAAAUUUUCCAAAAUCCAAUUAACAUGGACAGAAAGGUGAAAUCUUCUGAACUGGGGAACAGACAGCAAAACAAAUGCCACAGUAGUGUUAAUGCUAUCCAAAACAUACGUAUAUAUGGCUGGAAUUACACUUUAAAAUAUACGUGGUAUGACUUAUAUACACAUUCACCUUAAGAGCAAACCUACAAAACCUAUGUUGUCUGUAACUUUGGGGACUGCCUGUACCUCAUAAAGAGGAAAAUCGGUCUGUUUAGUAAGCCAAGCAAAUAUGGAUUUGUUAUCAUUUAAUGUUUGAUAUUACCAUGUAUUUUAUAUACCUUUAUACCUGAGGCCUCAUAAAUUUUUCUCAGGCCAAAAGUGAUUGCAAAUGGAAGAGUUUAAGAAACCCUGGUUUAUGAUUUCCUUGUGACAUUUAAUAUUGGCCUCCUAAGUUAGUCCCUUUACUGUGCUUAUAAUGUAUAGGUGCUUUCUUGCCAAAGACCAAGGAAGCAUGAUCAAUUGAUGUUAAAAACACAUUUAGACAAAACUGACUGCACAAUUUUUACAUGUAAUUUUAGUAAGUUAUACUGUGUGUGCUUAGGUAAAAGAAUUUAUAUUUGCAGCUUGACCCAUUGUUUCCCAAACGAAUUGUCCCUGUGAUUACUCCCUGCUGUACUUUUACAUGUUGAUUGUUUUUCAACUGAAUAUACAGUACUUUUAAACUUAUUAAAUCUUUUAAGUUAUUUUAAUUUGUUAAAACUCCUUACUAUUUUGGGAGUCAAUUGAAAUUGUUUUCAUUGUCUUAAAUUCUGAAUUGUUCAAAAUUAUUGAAAUAAGUAUGUUUUUAUGAAUGUGCAGCCCUGAACUAACAUGAUAUAGGGCAGGGUGGCAUAGAGACAACAUUAGCCCUCCACAAGACCUUGGAGAGCCACACCUACAUUUGCUACACGCACACACAUUUUAUAUCUAUAAAAUAUAAACCCGAUGGUGCAGCCACUUAAACUGCUGAACUUGCUGACCAAAAGGUUGGUGGUUCGAAUCCAGGGGAGCAGGGUGAGCUCCUGUUAGCCCCAGCGUCUACCAACCUAGCAGUUCGAAAAUAUGCAAAUGUGAGUAGAUCAGUAGGUACCGCUCUGGCGGGAAGAUAACAGCACUCCAUGCAGUCGUGCUGGCCACAUGACCUUAAAGGUGUCUACGGACAACGCUGGCUCUUUGACUUAGAAAUGGAGAUGAGCACCAACCCCCAGAGCCGGACACGACUAGACUUAAUGUCAGGAGAAAACCUUUACCUUUAUCUAUUUGCUCUCUAUAUGACAUGGAGCAUAUUUUUGAUCUCUUUAUGUUCUCAGUGGAAAUUCUAGGAUAUUUUGAGUUGGAAAUGACAAUCUUCAAGCCUCUAGUAAUUUGUUAAUAUGUUUGGUUACUUGUUUUGUAUGUACUGAUAUGCACCUUCUUUUGCUUUAUGCUUCCUGAGAGGUUGGGGGGGGGGAGGGGGGAGCUGCAGACCACAUGAUCUGAUCUGAGGCUGCUCAGAUCUCAGAUUCCAUUUUAGAUUCUUAGACUUUGGACUGCUAAGUGCAAACACUUGCUUGUUGUAAGAGAGAUGUUCCUGGCCAGAUUGACAGAUUAUAUCAAACAUAUUUGAAACUGGACUGAUAAAUUUAUGUACCUGUGUUAUGCUGAACACAUGAAGGUUGUGAGUAAACCAAAUACAUUAUUUUACCAAA